AUGAACGCCUGCGACGAAUGUCGCCGAAAACGCGCCAAGUGCGACGGAAACCAGCCUUGCGGCGGAUGCAAAGCUAGAAGCAACCAGAAUUGCGUCUAUGAGACUCCCACGCGAAUAUCCAAACCCCAACUUCGAAAAGAGCUCGACGCGUUAAGAGAACAGCAAAAUAAAACCAAUCUAGUCCUGGCGGGCCUUGGACAGCCCAUUGUGCAAAGCGAAAUCUUGGCUCGGCUACAGGCCCGACAGUCCAUUGAUAGCAUCGCAAGUUGGCUUGCGAGCACAGAACAGCGACCCAAGGCCAUCGCUGCUCCGGCCGCCGACAGCGGCAGCGCUAGUGCUCGUCGAAUCCUACCGCCCAGUACAAACGACGCGCUCUUCGACCCGGGCGGGAUGGGGGAAACACCACCCUUGACCGUUGAGCAGAGCAUCCGGCAAAAGUCCCCGAAUUGGAGCCAAGCACGGCGCGAGACAAUCCUCUCCGAGCGCGCGACAUUACAGGACUUGUCUGACCUUCCGGAGCCGGCGCGAUCCCGCCUCGCCGCGUGGGCCGAGUCGCGGCACGCCACGCACGUCGUCGAUGGCACCGACGAGCCCCGCGCUCUCGGUGACGCCGUCGCAUCCCUGCAAGAUUCCGUCAUGAGGCAAGGCCGCGAAACGUGGACCACGGUCACCAGCAGCAUGGAACUGGUAGCCCACCUGCUCGGGCUGUACUUUUGCUGGGAGCAUCCCACCUUUGCCUCGCUCAGCAAGGAGCAGUUUCUCCGCGACUUUUGCCAGGGACGGCCCCGGUACUGCUCCCCGCUGCUCGUCAACGCGCUGCUUUCUCUCGGGUGCCGCUUCUCCCGGUUUCCGGGGUCCGAGGCCGCCCGCCCCGACGAGCCGUGCUGCCCACCCGGCCAGCACUUCUUCAACGAGGCGCUCCGGCUCCUGCACCGGGAGCCCGACCACCACUCGCUGCUCGUGAUUCAGGCGUUGGGGGUGCUGUCGAUCCGGGAGGCGAGCUGCGGCCACUCGAGCGAGAGUAUGGCCUAUGCCGGCCAGAGCAUGCGACUUGCGGUCGAGAUGGGCCUGCAUCGCAUGGUGGAGCGGUCGUCCGAGGGGAGAGAGACGGAUGAGUUUGCCGUCUUGAGUGCCACCUACUGGGGAGCUUUUUCGUUGGACCAGGCAUGGUCACUUGCGACGUACUCGUUGCCGUGUUUCUCGAAGCAAGUCAUCGGGCCGCCGAAACCACCCAUUCUGCAAGCCAUUGAGAACUCACCUUGGCUUCCCUACACAGACGCAGGCACGCCACCGAACGGUUUCCAUGGACAGCUGUCUCAUGUGCGUUCGGUAUUCAGGAGCUACGUCGAGCUAAGCGAGUUGACCCAUCAAAUCGUCUACCUAUUUCAUUCACCGGGAGAGCAAGUCACGGCAAAGCGGUUAUUGGCCAUCUACGCAAGCUGCGUCACUUGGUUUGACAAUGUGCCCACCGUUCUCAAACUAGGCCACAACUUUACCCCGGCUGUCUUAUUUUCUCACAUUCUCCUGCUUUUUCGGCCAUUUCUUCGCCUAGAUAUCAUAGGGUCUGCGGUCGUCCCGAAGAAGGUCUGUCUGCAAUCAGCAAACUCAAUGAGUGCCCUAUUGAGGUGGUAUGCGCAACUGUACACGCUCAAAAGAACACCGACGUUUUUACCGUACUUUAUACUCACCUCCUCCGUCACGUUGCUUUCCAUUGGCAUUUUGACCGCUCGUCCAAAUGCGGACGGUCGCGGCACAACAGUCGAUCCAAACAUUAUUGACAAUGUACAGCAGGGUAUGGACGGACUUGCAGAAAUCGCACCGUGCCAUCAGUUCGCUGAGCAGGCGGUCAGUAUCCUGAGUCUCCUUGCCCAGAAUUGGAACAUUGACCUGCAAAUCGGCGCAGGAGCUACCAUGGACCCAGACUCUCAAAACACGUCUGUCGAGCCAUAUUUCAGCAGACCAAAUCUCUUCACCGAUGACCGACUUGCCCGGAGUUUGAUUGUAGGAGAUCAGACAAGGUGUAUAUUGGAGGAGGAAUCGAAGCGGAUAAAGGAAGCAAUGAGCAUGAUGGAAAAGCUCGUGUUGCAACCUAUUCCAUUGAAGGAGCCUUUAGCAUUCCUGCAGGGGCCGAAAUUAGCUGAGCACGGGUUUGCAAAUGCAUGA